AUGCAUCCCUUCAGCCUCCUCCUCGCCUUUGUCGCAACCGCGACCGCGCUCAACCCUACCAGGUCCAGCGCCACACUCAGCAAACGAGCCCUCAAGACCUGCCAAGAGAGCCACGGCGAGGGCUUCGAGCAGUGCGGUCCCGCCGAGAGCGGGUACUGCUUCAACCCAGCCGAGGGUCAGUCCGAAAACCUCGAAGCCUGCUCCACCAACGCCGGCUUCCAAGCCCCCGCCUCCGCCGCCAGCGCCAGCGCCUCCGGCAGCGACGACGACUUCUCCGCCAACACCUUUGACCACGAACACCACAACGGCGGCGGCCGCAAGCACGAACGAGUCCGCAACGGCACAACCACGGCCACCACGACGGGGCUAGCCACCGCCACCAGCGCCGCGGCCACCACGACGGCGCGCUUCGCCUCCGGCACCGGCGGCAUCGUCGUCGUCCCCUUGCCCACCGGAUCGCUCGCCCCCGGCAACUUUACCGGGAACCGGUCCACCACGCCCGUCAUCGUCUCGCAGGGGCCGUCCGCCCAGGGCGGCGGUGUCCUGUUCAGCUUGGCCAUUGCGCUCGUGGUCGCCGUCUUCGCGACAUAA